UAAGGUCUUUAAUGGAGAAGAAAGUCCUGAAGAAGGAGGGGAUGGUAGGAGCAGAUUGAGAAGAAUCUCAAAUGGGAAGAGGAAGACCUGGAAAUCGGAGAGCUCUGAGGGUUUCGAUAGGAAUCUAAUUCAUGUAGCUCGACGAAGAUCAUCGGAGACACUCAAGAAUUGCGAUGAACUGAGCAAGGGCCUUAGUGUUUCUUUAGAUGGAAUUAAGAAGAACCCAAUUCUUACCAGGAAAAUUUCUUCGUCCGCGGAAAAAAUCGAGGGAAGCCCCAUUCUCAUGAGAAAGCUAAGAUCCACAUCCGCUGAGGAACCGGAAACAAAUUCGAAGCAGCUGAAGAAGUCGAAAUCAGAAUCUGUUAAUCAAAAUGUUGAGGAUGUCGAUGGGCUAGGUGACGGAAAUGCGGAGAAUUCAAUUGUGCCCAGGAAGGCGAAAUUAGUACCGGACGAAGUUCUAGAUGAAUCUAAGAACAAGACUAAUGGGGUUUGCAAGGAUUUCGGUUUGUGUCAAGAAAAGAGCAUUUCAAUCCGUUCAGUAAAUGCAGGCGUGGUAAAAAAUCCUCCUGAAUUAUCGGUGAAAGUUGAUGGCGACAUUAUUGCUGAUAUUGACGACGAAGCAGAUGAAAGAGAUGAAAUAGAUGAGGAGAUGAAGAUGGAGAAGGAGAAUGUGAAGGAAAUCAAUGUUUCAGAGCUCAAGACUGUGAAUGAACCGCAACACAAGAAGGUUCUGAUCCAAAGGCGAUUUCAACAUGAUGAAAGGCCUGUGUCAAUCCUUCGUACAGCGAGACAAUCUUCCCCAAUUAAAAGGCAUUCUACAAUUUACAACAGUUUCAGCAAAUCUCAUUCAAUUCCAACGGCUGAGAAGCACCAUAGCCUUCCACAUACCCAGAACAGGUUGCAGAGUCUAGGUGAUGAUCUAUCUAUAUUUCACAACCAUGGAACUGGAACUUGUUAA